AUGCCCCUUGCUUGCCGCAUUGUGAUUUGUGAUCACAUUGGUGCCAUUAACUCCGCUAAAUACACUCUCCUCCAACAAGUUCAGAGUCUGAAUUCAUGGAUCUCCACCGCCGAGAACAUCCGCCAGGCUGCCGAGGAAAAGGCCAAGGAAGCCUACGACAAGUUGAAGGUUAAUAAGACUCUGAGUACCAAAAUCGGGGAGAUUGUUAAAGCAAAUGAGAAGAUUAAAGAUGUUCAUGGAAAGCUUGAUGGUGUCCAUACAAGUUUGGGAGCGUGGAAUAAGGAGGCCGGGAAAGUGCUUCAAGGGGCGAUUGGAAAUGCUCAAGAUGUUCAUGAUGCGUUGAAGGAAGAUAAUAGUAAGCCGGAAUCCAUUGGUCAAAAUGUGAAAAACAUUGAAACUGCUAAAGGACAAAUUGAGCAAGCCAAUAAAGCUCUUGCCACUGAAGUUGCCAAUUUAGGUAACUGGAGGGAUGCCGCCAAGGAAGUUAUUACCAAGGCGGAUCAGAAGUGUGAUCAGAUACUUAAGAAAGUUGGUAAAAAGUCGAAUAAUAAUAAUGAUGUUGUAAUUAAAAAGGAAGCAGACGCAUUGAAGCAAAAAGCGGAGAGCCUUUUGACCGCUUACAGCCAGGCGUAUCCUAAAGUAGAAGGUUUGAAAAAGCAAGUUGAAGCUGCCAUCUCACAGUUGGAAACCGGCAUGAAAAAUGAUUUGGAUAGGCUGCAAAAGGAUAUUGUGAGCAAGAUGAAAAAGCAUGUUGGUGAGAUGCUUUUGCAGAUUAAGGGGCAAGUGGAGAGCAUUAAGGGGAGUGACACAAGUAGUUGGAGUGGCGAAACUCCAAGUGGUCUGGAUGGCAUUGUCGCUGGAGUGCAAAAAUAUGCGGAGGCUUUUCGCAACAAUAAUUUUGCAGAAAUUGCCAAGGGCUGGCUGGAAGCCACAAUUUUGAGGUACAACGGCACCGUGCGGAGGAUACUCGGUAAGAAGGAUGCGUAUGAUGAGAAGAGUGAGAAGGAUGACAUCAGCGCUUUCGCCAUUGGAAUGAAAGAGAAGCUUAAUGCAGAUGUUAUUGGUAUAGCCAAAUUGGCGUUCGAAGGUGUUAAUACAGUCAGCGGGAGCAUUCAUACAAAUAUCAACGCCGUUAAAACAGCUUGUGAGGCGUUUGCCAACGCGCUCGAUAAGGAACUUUUGCAGCAGGGAAAUAAAAUAGUCAAUAAGGUUAAAGAGGAAGCGUUGCCAUUGGGGAAACUCGUAUCUAAGAUUACAAGAUGCGUCUGCGAGUGCGGUAAUUGCAACAAGCCAAACUGUGGCAAAAAAGCCGCCGCGGAAUUGAUAAUGUGCGCGCUGACAUCUACAGUGAGACAGGUCGGCAACGAGCUUGAAUCUGUAUUUCUAGGCGGCGGUGCAAAGGUGGGCGAUGGAAAAAGCAUCGCACAAGAAUUGGACAGCGUCGUCGGCCUGACUAGGACGCUGAGUGAUAAUCUUCAAGCGGCGGAAAAAGAGGCGAGAAAAGUUCCACAACUUCCCACCCCCGACAACCAGGACAACAAUGAAAUUUUGAAGAAAGUCAAUGAGAUUAAGACGGAAGUCAACAAGGGAAUGAAGCAAGACGCUGGUCAUGACCUAAAUGUUAAAGCCGAAUUUGAAUCUAUUAUGAAGGAUUAUAAGAACAAGAGAGAUAAAGGAGCAGAAGCAGGCGGCCUCUACAAACAACUAACCGAAAAAGAUAUCCCCAACGCGAUGAAGCCUUUCCAAGACAAGGCUGGUCUCAGCGGUACAAAUGAAGUCUCCAGUCAAAAACAAGCCGUCAACUCCGCCCUCGAAAAAAUCACCGACGAGCUCAAAGCCAUCGCGUGGUUCGUGGAUAAAAGCAAGAACAGUAAGCCCGGCGAUUACAAAGGUCAGGACGAUGAUGGCAUCAAGCAGCACCUGAAGAAAUUGGAAGAUGCUCUUGACAAGAGCGGUUUGGAUGGAGCUGAAAAAGGCCUCGACGCAAUCAGACUGGCGAUCCACGGUCUGCAACAAGGGACGUUUACUGACAAACCCGCUGCAAUCGAAGGAGCCGUCAAAGCAAUUAGGCAGCAGCUUGGAGAGCUUAGAGGGAAGUUGAAGGAUGAAAAUGGCGCCCCUAAAGAUGGUGUUAUUGACGAGUUGGAAGAUUUGAAGACUGCCGGUGUCGAAGGUAAAAAUGGUUGGAAAGUCACUGAGGGUCUGACGAAAAUACAGGAAGACCUUAAAAAGCAGAAUAAUAUAUUGCCCAUCCAAACGAAAAUCAUUGCAGAAUCGCUUGAUAUAGUCUUUAGAGAAAUGAAGGGCGUGCUUGGGCAAAUAGGAAUGAAAUUAGAUAAUAUCUUCAUUCCAGAUGACGUCAUGGAUAAUUUGACAUUAUUAAAAUACAAGAUUGGUAUGAAUGGGUCAAAAGAUAGUGACAGUCUGCAAAAUAUUAAAAAUAUAAUUAGUGGACUGCAAUCCGGUGAAUUUACUCAGAAACCGGAACAAAUUGGCAUAGCCAACGAAGCAAUCAAAACAGCACUCAAAGCGCAGAUGAGCACGCUGGACAACGACGUCAUCAAGACGCUGAGUGAAUUGAUGACCAAAGGGAUGAGUAACGAGGCAAGUUGGAAUGAUGAUAACAAUGCUAAGGGCUUGGAGAAUAUUAUUAGUGAACUUAGCAAUCAACAAGGCAUAUUGACCAAACAGCCCGAACAAAUUAACCAAGGCGUCAACCAGAUCACCAAGGAGCUUGACGAUCUGAGGAGUGAGUUGCAGGGUGAGGAAGGCGAAAAUGCAGAAAAAAGAGGCGUGAUCAAGAAUAUGGAAUUUGUGAUAGAGAAGAUUGGAACAAAUGAUGACGAUAAGGAUUGCCUCAAGAAAAUCAAGAAAGACAUUGAAGAGCUCAAUAGGGACACAGUCCCCAAGGUCACUGAACACCUUGAUAAGCUCUGCGAAGCCGUUCAAACUGCAGGAGCUUACGCCGGUUGGCAUCUGGGCCAGUUGGAAACUCCGCAUAUUAACGAAAAACUUGAAAAAAUCAAGAAUGGCAUCCACACCCUACGCAUAGAUGACCUCCAGGCGGCCAUCGCCAUGUGCGCUGACUUCCUCACCAACGCCGAUUACAUAAAAUGGGAGAAAGUGGAAAACAUUGAACGCUUCGUAGACAAGGAGAUAGAAAAUGCAAUCGCGGAGCUCACCAAGCAGGCGCGGCGGGACUACGUGGAGUCCGCGAAGGACGCGCUGAAACACUUCGCCGCCAAGGUGGCCGAGGAGCUGGGGGAGCUGCCCGGCGAGAUAAACAGGGAUCUCUUCGUGGGCUUCAAGGGCUUCAUGAAAUACGUGUACGGACAUUUUGAUAACCUCGAAAGCGUGAUGGAAGAGAAGGAAAUUCAAGCAUUGUCCUCCGCGUUCCAGAAUUUCUUCGCGCCGCUCGACGAGUAUCUCCGUGAGGAGAUUGAGAGAGUGAAGAAGCAGAGUGACGACGAAAAGAAUCCCUCACUGCCGAAGUCGGAAGAGCCCUACGCCGCCGAGUGGGACGCCGUGCACAGCGAUGUCAACGCCCUGCUCAAUUACCUCUGCGUGACGCAGGGCUUCGACGACAGGCUGCGAGGCCUGCUCCACAACCUCACCGACGCGCUCACACAGCUGAGGCCGCAGGGCUUCCAGAAGCCCUCCACUCCCACGCUGGACUCCGUGAGCAGGGGACUCAGUGCCUUCGCCGGUGAGUUCGGCGGUGCGUACAUCUCCACUUACUCGGGCGCGGAGUGCCGGGAGGCGGACGCCGACAAGUACGCCAAGGUAUUGCUGAGCUUUAUUCCGAUGGCGCACAAUGGGCUCACCAACCUGGCUGCCAAAUGCGGCACCAACUGGCGAGGCAAUAAGAUAUGCAAGAUCACCGGCGACGGCAGGGACAACGGCCUGGGCAACUACCUAACCAAAUGCGGCUACACAGUGUCACCCACCGACGGACUCCAGGUGGGGGAAUUGCAAAACCACGGCGACAUGAACGGUGAGCAAAUUCAUGCUUUGCUUAACUCCCCAGUUGAUGUCAGCGUCAAAAUGCUGAUCGACGGCAAGCCUGCGGAAAACGGAAUUAAUGUUGUCAACUUAGUUGGUCUUCUUCAUAACAUGGUCUGUCGCUACCUCCAGGUCUGCCACCUUAAAGUACACGAAUCGCCCAGGUACCCCUGCACGGUGAGGGACAUGUUGUCUUGGCUCUCAGGCCUGCAGUACACUCCGGUGGCGGACAAACUGCCUGACCACUGCAGGGCGUUGCUCAACCGCAAGUGCGACGAUAACGAUGUCCCCAACAGGGACGACGCUGUCAUGGCACAGUGCAUCAACGGCCUGCCCUACACUAUCGCAGAAGCGUGUUCGUACGCCAACUCAUUGCUCGUAACCAUACAGGGCCGCGGUCGCGGCUUUGACCUCGCCGCCUACCCCUACUCCGUCGACUUCGCCAACAACACCGCACAGCUGUACUACCCGGCCGACCCCGACGAGCUGCUGGAGAUGAUGAGACGGAUAAUAUGCCGCCUGUGCUCAGUGCUCUAUUUCCUCUACUCCCAGUGCUGCCGUGCCACCGCCGAAACCAAGGGCUGGCGGGAAUGCCACUACGGCCGGCGGGUGCCGUACUCCCACUGGCAGUGUAACACCUACGACAACCAGGCCACCGACGCAAGUCACAACUGCCCGCCCACAUCGCCGCUGCAGUCCUUCCUCACCGACAGCUGUCCCAACCUCCUGCCGCAUAAGCUCAGUGUAGUUGACAAUGCCAUCGAAUGUGCCGACUGCCCUGCCAACCUACCAGGCCAACAGUGCCUCACCCCGCUCGGCUUCUGGGACCUUGGCCUCGCUGCCUCAGUAGAGCGCACCGGCAGGGAACUUGCGAAGUCUCUUGGUUACCUCUGCAGUGACGCCGACGCCUGCCUCUUCCAACUCUGCCGAACUCUGUGCUUGCUCUGCCCCGCAGCACCGCAGUCACUCGGCGACGUGUUUGCGCUGUUCUUCCAAAUGCUCAGAGUGUGGGAUCACGAAUCGUCCCGGCGUGCGUACUCUCACCAUGAGAGUUACCUAACGCACCUGAACGGUGACGCUAUCAACGGACUAUUCCCGCUGUGGAAACAGCUCCACUGCAGUUACCAGAACAGCAAUCUCACCGAAGCCCUCAAGGCACUCGCCGGCCAUGACCAUAACAACUCAGGGCACAAUGCCCUCUCAAGCCUCUCCGCCGAGCCGCCGUGUCAAUCACCCAGUGGAUGCGCCCCCUUCCUCCAAUCGCUGUCGCUGCACGCCAACCACACCUUCCCGCAGAAGCACGCACAGCUGUAUGUCUCGUGGAUAGUGUGGCUGGCAUGGCAGCUGUGGGAGCUGCUGGAGUCCCUGCUGGACGCCUUGAACAACAUCGACUGCACGGCCCACGGCUGUGCCACGUGCCUCUGUCAGCCAAGCAACCACAACGACAAGGACUCCUGCCACUGCCCGUCACUCGUCGAAUGUGGCGGACCUCUGCCGACACUCUACCGCUACGGAUUCACGUAUCGCAACGCCCACGUCCUGCUCGCCGGCAGCCAGAAGAUACGGUGCAGUGACCUCAACGACCAACUCACCAAGGCACUCCACUCCGACCACUUCACUCAACUGUUCCACCAGAUCGACCAACUCCUCUACACCAUCCGUGCCCCCUUCCUCUUCUGCCUCGCAGCGCUCUGGCUCACCGCCACGCUCUACAUCCUCGUCAUGCUCCUCUACCGCAUGGACGUGCUGCGCAUCCGCUCCCACCUACUCACCACCAGGGCCUCUCACCUCAUCGACGUCAAGGCUUUGCUCGCCGGCAGCAGGAGAAUGCUCUCACUCCACAAGGACUGGAUUGAGGCUGCGGACGCCGCCGUUAAGGCGGCUAAGGAGAAGGCGGAAGAUGUACAUGGAAGGUUGGAUCAUAAUAAAAAAGACCAACACGAUGGUACUGUGAUUGGCCAAAAUAUUGAGAAAAUUAAGCAAGCUAAAGACAAAGUUAGUCAAGUUGACGAUCAGUUGAAAUGUAUUCACACCGAUUUAGGUAACUGGAAAGAUGCGGCGCACAGUGUCCUUGGCACAGCAGUUGGGAAGGCUACGGAGGUGCAUGGGAGGUUGAAACCGGAUGGUAAGGAUCCGAAACAUAUUCUUGGUCAGAACAUUAAGGAGAUUGGAGAACGUAACAAGGAAAUCCAGACAGCAAAUUCAACUCUUGGAAGGGAAGUAGCGGCUCUGGGAAAUUGGAUUGAUAGUGCGGAGAAGAUUCGUGAAAAGGCCCAGAAAAUGGCUCAAGAGGCCCAUGACAGGCUGAGAGAAUUCCAUGAAGGCACUAAAACUAAGACCACGCUUACUGAGAAUAUCGAUAAAAUUGUGGAGGCUAAAAAUAAAAUUAUUGGUGUUAACAAAAAUAUUGGCAGCCGUGUUAAUCAGUUGGAUCAGUGGAGAGACGCGGCGGAGACUUUGCUGAACGGUGUGAUCUCAGAUGCUGGGAAAGUGAAAGAUAAGUUGAGUCCUGAUGACAAAAGUAGGCCGCUUAGUGAGCAGAUUAAUAAAAUUAGUGAAGCCAAGGAUGCAAUUGUCAAGGCUGAUAAACAACUUGAAAACCAUCUUGGGAGUUUGAGUGACUGGAAGAGAGAGGCUGAGAGUGUGCUUGUAGGAGCAAUAAAAAAGGCGGAGAAUGUGUGGAAAGCGUUGGAUGAAACAAAAAAAGAAGAUAAAUCGCUUGGAAAAAAUAUUGAGAACAUUGAGACCGCAAAAAAGGCGAUUGAAAAUGCGAAUCAGAGUCUUGGUGAGGAAGUUGGGCACUUGAAUAACUGGCAUACUGCGGCUGACAAAAUUGUCGCAGCUGGAAAAGUGAAGUGUGAAAAAAUUUUGGAGAGAGUUAUUAAAGAUGGCAAAACUGAGGGUACGCAAAUUGGUAUAAACGCCCAAGCCUUACAGAAAAAAGCUGAGAACCUUUUGGACGCUUACAGCACGGCGCAUAAGAAUGUUAAGGCAUUGGAGUCGGCAGUUCCUAACGCUAUCAAGGAUUUGGAAGCCGGCAUGAAAGAGGAUUUGGAGAGGCUGCAAAGGGAUAUUGUGCAGAAGAUGAGAGAGCAUGUUGGCGGGAUGCUUGGUGAAAUUCAGAAGAGUGUGGAGAGCAUUAAGGGGAAGGCAGGAAAUAUAGCUCCAAAUAGUCAAUGGGAACAUAGUAAUAUAGGCUCCGGCCUUGCAGGCAUUUCAACGAAGGUGCAGAAAUAUUUCGAAGCGUUCAACGGGCAGUGGCCGUUUGACCGUAUAGUCGGCGGUUGGAUCGAUGACAUUCUGCAGCACAACGGUGUGGUUAAAAGGCUGCUUGGAUGGGAUCGUAACAGGGAAGAGGAUAUUAAGAAGGAGCUUCAUGACAGUGGUAUCGGAGGCUCAAUUAAGUCGCCGCUCGACGAACAAAUCAAGGCAGCGGUUGCCGUGUUCAAAUAUACACAAUCCACUGCUACCGACGGCAUCGAGUCUAAAAUCUCACAGGUCAAGCAGGCCUGCGAACUGUUUGCCAGGACGCUGGAUGAGGAGAAACUAGAGAAGGACUUUAAAACUGGCGUCCUUGCGAUGGCCAAGCAGGCUAAGGAUGCGAUGGUGGAAGUUGACGAUAAGGAACCGAGCAAACAAAGUCACUUAAAAGGUAUCAUACAAAAGGCAAAAUGCACAUGCUCGUAUGGAAACUGCAGCAGCGGUAAUUGCCUAGAGUGCACAGACCAAAAAUGCAUCCUCACGCAGGCCGUCGCCACCACACUCCUUGCCGUGUCCUCGGUGGGCAGGCAGGUGGGAAAGGAGCUUCAGUCUGUGUUCCUUAGUCCCGACGACGCAAACAUCGCAUCCUUCCUGGACGCUGCGAAGGCGGCAACUGACAAGCUUCACGAGAAUCUGGGGGAAGCGGCGCAAGCCGCGACUAAACCAGGCCCACAACCUCCCACCUCCAGCAGCCAAGGCCCCAAUAACAUUCUGCAGAGCGUUCAGGGGAUUGAAAGGAAGGUUAAAGAGGGGAUGAAGGAUAAUAGUCGUGAUGGCAACAUAAACGUUAAUGAAGUCAUGACAUCGUAUAAAGAGAAGAAAGAUAAAGCAGCAACUAAUUCAGAUGGCAAAUACCAAAUGCUUCUUGCAGACAUCCCCCAGGCGAUGGAGCCUUUCACAACGGAGGCUAAACUCAAGGACCCAAAAGAGCUCUCCAGUCAAAAACAAGCCGUCAACUCCGCCCUCGAAAAAAUCACCUCCGAACUCCAAGCCAUCGCGUGGUUCGUGGAUAAAAGCAAGAACAGUAAGCCCGGCGAUUACACCGGCACUGAUAUGGAUGGCAUCAAGGAUCACUUGGCAAAUUUGAAAAACGCUCUUGACCAGAAAGGAUUUGAUGGAGUUGAGAAAGGCCUUGACGCAAUCAGACUGGCGAUUAACACUCUGCAACAGCAACAGUUCACUACCCAACCCAAAGCAAUCGGCUCAGCCGUCCAAGCAAUUAGGCAGCAGCUUGGAGAGCUUAGAGGGAAGUUGAAGAAAGAUGGUGAUAAAAGUGGCGUUAUUGAUGCGCUGGAUGAUUUAAAGGAGAAGGGUCUCGAAGGAAAAGAUCCUUGGUCAGUCAACGGUCAAUCUCUCAGCGGCCUUGGGAAAAUCCAGGAGGACCUUAAAAAACAGAAUGAGACAUUAGGCAAACAGCCUGAAAUAAUCACUAACGCCAUCAGCGCAAUUAGGGAUCAACUAUUUCAGAUAGGAAUAAAGUUGAAUAAGCCCUUCGACUACGAUGACGUUUUGGACAAAUUGAUUCAGUUGCAAAGGAAGCUUGGCACAGCGGACGCCCAAAAUUAUGGUGUCAAUCUAAAGAAAAUCUACGAUGAAAUUCAUUGGCAACAAAUCAGUACAUUCACCCACAAACCCUACGAAAUUCAGGCAGCCAACGAGGCAAUCAAAGUGGCACUCAACGAGCAGAUGGACACGCUGGACAAAGAGGUCAUCGAGAAGCUGACCAAUUUGAUGACCACGGGGCUGAGUGAUCAGGCAAGUUGGCAGCCUAGUGGACAGAAAAAUGCCAAGGGCUUUGAUCAUAUUAUUAGUGACCUCAGCAAUCAACAAGACACAUUGACCAAACAGCAUCCGGCAAUCGGCAGUGGCGUUCAGAAGAUCACCAGCGAGCUUGACGAGCUGAGGAAGCAGUUGCAGGGUAAGGACGGCGAUUUGGCAGAAAAUAGAGGCGUGAUAAAGAAUAUGGAAUUUCUGAUAGGGAAGAUUGGAAAACAAGAUGACGAUCCUAAUAGCCUCAAGAAAAUCAAGAAAGAGAUUGACACGCUCAACAAGCAGACAGUCCCCAAGGUCAGUGAACACCUUGAUAAGCUCUGUGCGAAAAUCAGACUGCAAGCACGGGACGCCAAAUUCUUUUUAAAGGAACUGGAAGAAGUAAGCGUCGAUGAGAAACUGAAAGGCAUAAAGGAUGACAUCCACACCCUACGCAUAGAUGACCUCCAGGCGGCCAUCGCCAUGUGCGCUGACUUCCUCACCAACGCCGAUUACAUAAAAUGGGAGAAAGUGGAAAACAUUGAACGCUUCGUAGACAAGGAGAUAGAAAAUGCAAUCGCGGAGCUCACCAAGCAGGCGCGGCGGGACUACGUGGAGUCCGCGAAGGACGCGCUGAAACACUUCGCCGCCAAGGUGGCCGAGGAGCUGGGGGAGCUGCCCGGCGAGAUAAACAGGGAUCUCUUCGUGGGCUUCAAGGGCUUCAUGAAAUACGUGUACGGACAUUUUGAUAACCUCGAAAGCGUGAUGGAAGAGAAGGAAAUUCAAGCAUUGUCCUCCGCGUUCCAGAAUUUCUUCGCGCCGCUCGACGAGUAUCUCCGUGAGGAGAUUGAGAGAGUGAAGAAGCAGAGUGACGACGAAAAGAAUCCCUCACUGCCGAAGUCGGAAGAGCCCUACGCCGCCGAGUGGGACGCCGUGCACAGCGAUGUCAACGCCCUGCUCAAUUACCUCUGCGUGACGCAGGGCUUCGACGACAGGCUGCGAGGCCUGCUCCACAACCUCACCGACGCGCUCACACAGCUGAGGCCGCAGGGCUUCCAGAAGCCCUCCACUCCCACGCUGGACUCCGUGAGCAGGGGACUCAGUGCCUUCGCCGGUGAGUUCGGCGGUGCGUACAUCUCCACUUACUCGGGCGCGGAGUGCCGGGAGGCGGACGCCGACAAGUACGCCAAGGUAUUGCUGAGCUUUAUUCCGAUGGCGCACAAUGCUCACCAACCUGGCUGCCAAAUGCGGCACCAACUGGCGAGGCAAUAA